AUGAUGCAACAAACAAACCUGAAGAAGUUGGUUCCCCAACCCAAGCAAUACAAGAAGGGCCCCUACACCGUUGAGGCCAAGGGCUACAAGAAGGUCGAUGGCGAGACUAUUCCUCGCGUGCACCCCUCAGCAAAGGAUGGACUCAUCAGCACUCCUGCUCCCGACGUCAAGACCAUCUACGACAUUCUUCGCAGCAGCUCCAAGAAGUUUGGCAACGCAAAGGCUCUGGGUUACCGCACUCUGAUCAAGACCCACGAGGAAGUCAAGCAGAUCAAGAAGGUUGUCGACGGCAAGGAGGUCACCGAGGACAAGAAGUGGCAGUUCUCUGAGCUCAGCAGCUACACAUACAUCAGCUUCGUCGAGUAUGAGCAGCUCUGCCUCAAGGUUGCCUCUGGCUACCGCGCUCUUGGCAUGAACAAGGGCGACCGCGUCCACAUCUUUGCCUCGACCAGUCCCUGGUGGCUUGCAACCGCUCAUGGCGCUUCCACCCAAUCCAUGCCCAUCGUCACCGCAUACGACACACUCGGCGAGGAGGGUCUUAUGCAUUCCCUCAAGCAAACCAACGCCAAGCUCAUUUUCCUCGACCCUCAUCUCCUCACAAAGCUCAUCAACCCUCUCAAAGAGACCCAGGACAUCCAAUAUGUCGUUUACAACAGCAAGAUGGAGGUCAAGAAGGAUGACAUUGAGAAGCUCAAGAGCGCCCACCCCCACCUGACCAUUCUCAGCUUCGACGAGCUCACCAAGAAAGGUGAGGAGAACAUGGUCGAGCCUGUUCCUCCUCAGCCCGAAGACCUGUGCUGUAUCAUGUACACCUCUGGAUCUACCGGAACCCCCAAGGGUGUCCUUCUCAAGCACAAGAACGUCCUUGCUGCCAUCGCCGGUGUCGACACGGUUGUCGGUGAUUACCUCGGCCCUGGUGAUGGUCUUCUAACCUACCUUCCUCUCGCUCACAUCCUCGAAUUCGUCUUCGAGAGCGCCUGUCUGUACUGGGGUGGUACCAUGGGUUACGGAAACCCCAGAACCAUCUCCGAUGCUUCGGUCCGCAACUGCGCUGGUGAUAUCCGCGAGUUCAAGCCUUCAAUCCUGGUUGGUGUUCCCGCAGUCUGGGAGACGGUCAAGAAGGGUAUCGUUACAAAGGUCGACAAAACUGGUGGUCUCGCCAAGCAGCUCUUCUGGGCUGGUAUGGCCGCGAAGAGCACUAUGAUGACCCACUCCGGCUUGCCCUUCACCGGUAUCGGUACCAGUGUUAUGGACUCUGUUAUCUUCAGCAAGAUCAAGGAGGCCACUGGUGGCAGACUCAGAAUCUGCUUGAACGGUGGUGGUCCCGUCGCAAAGGAUACCCAGCGUUUCAUUUCCAUGGCCAUCGCUCCUAUGAUUAGUGGUUACGGUCUGACCGAGACCUCUGCCAUGGGUGCUAUCAUGGACCCGCUUGCCUGGACUGAUGACGCCCUUGGUGGUCUUCCCGCGUCUAUUGAGGUCAAGCUUGUUGACUUCCCCGAUGCUGGAUACUAUUCUACCAACAACCCUCCUCAGGGUGAGAUCUGGAUCCGUGGUGAUUCUGUCGCCGAUGGCUACCUCGACCUCGAGAAGGAGACCCAGGAAUCAUUCUACGAUGGCUGGUUCAAGACCGGUGACAUCGGCGAGUUCGACAGAGACGGCAACCUCAGAAUUAUCGAUCGCAAGAAGAACUUGGUCAAGACUCAGAACGGCGAGUACAUUGCUCUCGAGAAGCUCGAGUCGGUAUACCGCGCCAGUCAGGUUGUUGCCAACAUCUGUGUCUAUGCAGACCAGAGCAAGAACAAGCCCAUUGCCAUUAUCGUUCCUGCCGAGCCUGCCCUCAAGUCGCUGGCUUCGGAGAGUGGCUGUAAAUCUGGUGAGCUUGAGGACAUGUGCCAGGACAAGAAGCUCAACGCAGCCGUCCUGAAGAGUCUGCAAGCCGCUGGUAAGAAGGGCGGUCUCGCAGGUAUUGAGAUCAUCGAGGGUGUCGUCGUGGUUCCCGAUGAGUGGACCCCCCAGAACAACCUUGUCACCUCUGCACAGAAGCUCAACCGUAGAGCCAUUCUUGACAAGUACAAGAAGGAGGUUGAGCAGGCCUACAAGUCGUAA